AUGCAUUCUUCAUCACAAUAUUUUGCCUUUCAUUUUGAAGUUUCCAAAAAUGAUUUAUUACCGUUGACUGUUUACUUUUCUAACAGUGAUAAUAGGACAGAAGUUCUAAGUAAUUUGCCUAAUAGAUUUUGUUCGAUAACCAUUCCACCUAUGCAAGCAAGGAUAGGAGACAUCAUGAAAAAGCAAACACACAGAUUGUACAUUCAUCUUUUGCGAGCACCAUGGAUCCCUAAGUCUAUUGAGUAUAGCUCACCAACAGACACACAGUUAUUCUCAUUACAAGAACGCAUAUUGCAGGGUAGUUGGUGUACUCAAUAA